AUGGCGGAGAUACUGCUGGAGCUUUGGAAGCUCGACUUCGAUUUCAUCGGUUGCCUAAGUGAAGACCAACAAAGUGGGCAGUAUAUGGUUGACGGCGGCGCGCCUUUGACAUUGGAAGUCAACGAGCUCAUGCGGAUCUGCGGGACAGGAAAUCGCGCACCUUCAGGAGUAUAUCGCAGUUCUACCAAUUAUAUUGCAUCAUUGUUGCAACUGCAGUCAAUUCACCUGAGAGAACAACGGAGCAGCGUGUAUGAUUCAGAAGAUUGCCGGGAAAGGUAUGCUUGUCGCCAUCUGAUGAAAGCUGUAGCCUUGGAUUUCAUUUCCCAGGAAGAGAAUCACGGCCCUUAUAAGUUGUUCUGCGACGAUUUCGGACCCGGCAAUGUCCUUGUGGAUGACUCCCUUCGCGUCACGGGAGUUAUUGACUGGGAGCCUUGCUAUACAGCUCCCAUGCAGUUCGCCGGGACUAUUCCAUCGUGGCUCCUUCUUCAACGCCCUCAUCGAAUUAUUAAUGAAAUUGGUGCCGUCGGGUUUCUCGAUAUGUUUCUUCCCAAAGCAGAGCGUUUUCUGAACUGUUUGGAACAGAAGGAGGGAACCAGUGGGACUAACCCUGAGGACCGACUUUCAGCACAUAUGCGAAGAUCAGUCGAAGACAAGAGCGCCUGGUUCAUUCAUGCCACACGUAUGGUAUCAUCCGUGGACAUGAUCUACUGA